UAAUAUAGCGCAUUAAAAAAAGGAGAACAAAAAAUCGGGAUUGUAGUUUCAUCCGCAUCUAUUCUUUUUCUUGAAAGAAAAAUUGGACAAAUUUUCUUAUUACAUUGUAAGAAGUUUGUGUAACUGCAGGCCUUUUUCUCCAAACAAUAAAAAACGCAUUGCUGUUGAGUGGAGUUCUUCCGUAUCAUCUAAAUUUUAAGAAUCCAUUUCGCAACCACAGAAAAAAGUGUGUUCACAAACCGUCCUGUGUGCCGUACUCAGAGCGAAAAGGUGAAGAAGGCGGAGCUGUCCCGGUUUUAUCUGCAGUUAGAAGAAAAAUAGCUUGUUCCUUGCAAAUCGGAUUUAGGCACACUUUUUCAGCAGCAGUAAAGGAUCUUAUUCACAUAUAGAUUGUUUUUGGGAAAUGGUAAUGGAAGCACAACCAUCGCCACAAAGCGUUGGCCGCGAAUUCGUGCGCCAAUACUACACUUUACUAAACAAGGCGCCUGAUCAUCUGCAUCGCUUUUAUAACAAUUAUUCAAGUUUUGUACACGGUGGCUUGGAUUCCAAAAACCAAGAAGGAACACCAGUCGUCGGUCAAAAGCAAAUUCAUAACAAAAUUCAACAGCUGAAUUUCCGCGAUUGUCAUGCCAAGAUUAGCCAGGUGGAUUCGCAGGCUACACUUGGAAAUGGCGUGGUUGUGCAAGUGACAGGCGAGUUGUCGAAUGAUGGUCAACCUAUGCGUCGAUUCACGCAAACAUUUGUGCUGGCGGCACAAUCGCCUAAGAAGUAUUAUGUCCAUAACGACAUAUUUCGCUAUCAGGAUGUGUACUCCGAUGAUGAGCUUGACGAGAACGAGCGCUCUGGUGGGGAAGAUGAAGGUGAUAUUGAUAGCAAUGUUGCAGAACAUCAAACUGUUGCUCCUGCUGGUGUAGCCCAAGAUAUUGCUCAUCAAACACAACAGCAGUCUCAACAACUAUACUACCCACCCGGUGUGGUCAGUGCUACCCCAGCGGGGUUAAUUUCUAGUUAUGGUCCAACCCAGCAAGUUCAGCAACCGCACCAAUUAAACGGAGUUCAUGAUGAUCUGUUGAAAACGGUUCCACCGCAAACAGCAGUCAAUAUUCAAUCAACUGGUGGUCAUCCCCCAGUAGGUGCUGUCCAUCUACAGACACCAAUAAUGCAACAAGUUCCCAACAUUUCUACUGGAAUACCGUCAGUCGAUCCAAUACAACAUCUAUCACAACAGCAGGUGGCUCCAUCUCAACAAGCAGUACAGCAAUUUCAACCACAGUCUGUUCCGCAGCAAAUUCCUUCUCAAUCAGUUCCGCCAUUACAAUCAACCCAAUCGGGAAUAAUUCCGGAGCCUGAACCAAUAUCAAGUACUUUAUCUAUGAACGAAAUAGACGCUGUUUUGCCCACUGUUAAUGAUCCCACUCCGGCUGAAGCUAGCGACUCUCAUGAUCUACACCAUGUCGGGCAUGGCACGUCAGAUUUGAUUGAUCAACAUCAAACGCAAAAUGCACCGUUACAACAACAGCUUUCCAGUGAACCGAAGACGUAUGCAAAUUUAGUAAAAUCCGGUGGAGCUGGAGUUAACAGCACUGGUCCAUUAAGUUUCGCUUCAAUUUCGUCAUCCCACCACCACCAUCAACAAACUCAGCAUCAGAACCAGCAGGGCUACAGUAAUUCUAAUUCCACACGGCAGUCUGUUCUAUCUCCACCACCUUCAUCUUCACUACAGUCGUGUAGCUCUGUUAAUAGUAACACUAGUGGCAGUAGCAAUCUUGGCUUGGGCGUAAAUAAAUAUGAUCGUCAACCUCAGCAGGACCUGAGUGGUCAAAAUGCCCCUAUGCCACAACGCGUACCGAAUCAACAGCGACCGAUUCGUGGCAAUGUCCCUUCCAGUGGUGGAAAUCAAUCAAAUUCUCUCAGACAACAGGAUAGUCGUCCGAGUUAUCAACGGAAUUACAACAAUGAUAACGAAGAACGCCGCCAGAGCAGUAGUGCACAAUUUGGUGAUAAUCAUCAACUUUUCUUGGGUAACAUUCCACACCAUGCAACAGAAGAGGAUUUAAAGACGUUGUUCAGUAAAUAUGGUACCGUUGUUGAUUUGCGAAUCCAUUCGAAAGCAGGUCAAAAAAUGCCAGGAGUUCGCGCUACACCCAAUUAUGGUUUCCUCACGUACGAGGACCCAGCUUCGGUACAGAAUUGCCUAUCGAAUAUGCCUCUUUACUUCCCGGAAAAUUCUCCCGAUGGUCAGAAGCUAAACGUUGAAGAAAAAAAGACAAGAAUGCGAGGACCAGGCGAAACGGGUGGUCGUAUCGGUAGUAACAAUCUUAGCGGAAACGGUGGCAAUGGACCACGGGGUGGCCCGGGUGGUCCAGGUAGUCAACAGCGAGGAGGCCCUGGUGGUCCUCCAGGUGGUAAUAUGAAUCGUGGUGGUUCGGGUCAACGCGGAUUAGGCGGAGUAGGUGGCGGAAGUGGACGUGGUGGAUAUCAACGUUCGGACAGAGGAAGCGUAACAGGAGGCGGACAACGGUCCGGAAAUGGAAACUAUCAUCAGUUGAGCCGCUAAAUCAAGUUUCCAGUUCAUUUGAAAAAAAAGGACAACUUUAACACCCGAGCAAUGCGUCAGAAUUAUUGCGGAAAGUUUUCAUUUCAGUAAAAAUAAAUGAACCAUUAAACAUGUGGAAGUCACUGAUACAGAACGUAGUCUGUGCUACAUAAAAUUAAAAAAACGACUUAAGCAAAGGGCAAAUUAGGCUAAUCAUGCAAAGGAGCAAAGUUGACAAGACAUUUGUUUCUGCGAAAUGAAAAGAAUGAACACAAUAAUUUCUACUUAGAAAAUGUGAGAAAUAAAAGCAGAUAAAAUAAUAGUUUAGUUUGUACACAACUAGGCAAUAUUUAGCACUUUUUGAAAUCAUGCUGAUACCAGAUAGGUUUUUUUUAAUUGAAAGAAUGCUUUAAAGGAAACUAAUGGAACUCUAAGAAACUACCAUUUACUUUUAUAUUAUUUAAGGUAUGGAGUGACAGUAAACAUAUUCCGAUGCAAAAUUGUGAUCCAUUACUCUCCCAGCUGAGCAACGUAUCACUUGGUCAGCAAUCGAAACAUUUUAUUUUACAAAAUAACAUGGAAAUGGAAGCGUGGCGUAACGCAGAGAAAUAAAUUUCAAUGCUACUCUCCCCAUUGAAACCGAAAAGUAGUUCUGUCUGGUACAAGGAAUUUAAUUAUUCUUUUUUUAACCUAAUUUCCUCGUCAGGCAUUUCAGAAUAAUGUUUAUAUCGUUUGGUAAUUCUAAAUAGUGCCUAGUGAUAUUCAGAGAGCACAUGUGACGUGUGCCUUAUUGAGUUUAUUUCUGUUCCUUGAAAUGAAUUAUCACAAGCCAAGCAAAACUGAUAGGUAUACUAUAUAAGGACAUGUUUAUUUUUUCAUUGGACUUUUUUUUCUACUAUGCGGUGAACGAGUCAAUACCUACAUCUUUGCAAAGAAGCAACUAAAAAUGAAGCUUGAACAAUAUAAGAGGAUAUGAUUUUUUAAAGGAAAUACAAAUUACGAGUGUGCAAAACAAAAAAAAAACUCCUCUAUGAUUGCAUAUUGGAGACGUAAAUUAUGUUUAGAUAGAACUGUCAUAAAAAGUACACCAAGUAAUUUUGUUCAACUUUUACUUAGGAUUUAAUUUAUUCUUCAAUAAUAAUAAUAAUAAUGAUAAACUGAAUAUUAGUAUAGUAGGUUUAUGAAAUAGUAAAAAUAGUACCAACAAAAACACUUAACGAAAAUCACUACCGCAUCAACUGUUGUUUUUUUUUUCGAAUGUAUUGGCUACCCAAACAAAUAAUCAAGAUCGAAGCCAACUGCAAGCCCGUCAAAACAGUGAAUAAUAAAAAUAUUUGACAAAUUGA